UCCCUGGUACCUUUCCUGGAGCAUUCCCAGAGCAUCCCCAGCACCUUUCUCGGAGCAUCCCUGGAACCUUUCCUGGAGCAUCGCUGGAGCAUCCCAGAAGCAUCCCUGCCGCAGCCCCGGGGCCACCCGUCCCCGUCCCCGUCCCUGCAGGGUCCGAUGCGACGCCGCGUCCCCCCGUCCCGCCGGGGCCUCUCCCCGCCCCGCAGCCCGAAGCGCUGGCGGUCGGCGAGCCCCGAGGGGGACUGGGCUGACCUACGGAGCAGCCGGUCCCCCCCCGAGCCGGGGCACGGCAGGGAGCCCCCCGACCUCCUGGGCAGCCUGGAGCGGCUCUGCGACGGCAGCCCCCGGCACCUCCUGCCCUUCCUGCGGGACCACGAGCUGGAGCUGGGCCGGCUGCUGGCCCGCCGCGACCUGAGCCCGGCACAAGUGUACGUGCUGCUGCGGGCCCUCGGGGUCGUGCUGGAGCAGAGUGGGCCGCGGAAGCCCCCCUCAACCUUCCUGACCCUGCUGCUGACCCGGGAUUUCAUCCUGGGGGAUCUGCUGAGGUUCAUCACCGAGCUGGACGCCUUCCAGUGCCGGGCAGGACAGGUCUCCCAGGAGGUGGUGGGGGACACGGUGGCCGCUCUCCACCGCUUGCUGACCGCCUGCCCGGGCCACGUGCAGACGCUGCUCUGCUACCCCGUGGACCUCCUCUUCUGCACCGUGCAGCGGCUCCAGGCCCGCGGCUUCCAGUUCUGCUGGCUCACCCAGCAGCGCCUCCACGACGCCCGGCGCCGGGUGGACGCGGCUUUCCCCCCCCGCCACCUCCCCGCCGGCGCCUGGCGCGAGGAUUUCCGCGAGGUGCCGGUGAUCCCCGCGCCCGAGGAGCUCUUCGGGGAGGCGGGGGGCCGGCUGCGCCCCAACCUGCAGCGCGGGGCUCACGAGAGCGCCGCAGCCUACCUGGACCUGCACUUCCGACUGCUGCGGGAGGAUUUCCUCAAGCCGCUGCGGGACGGCAUCGCGGCCGCGUUCUCCCUCGGCGGCCCCGACGGCGACGGCGCGGCGCUCAGCCUCUACCGGGGGGUGCAGCUCCACGCCGUAGCCGCCACGCCGGCCGGCUCUGUCUACCUGGCCCGUUUCCCACCCCACGCCGGCCCGGCCGCCGCCGACCGCCUGAAGAGCGGUUCCCUCACCUGCCUCCUCUCCGAGGACUGCAGCCACGUCCUCUUCGGGGUGGUGGCCGGGAUGCGGAAGCAGCAGGCGACCCACCGGGACCGCGUCUGGCUGCACAUCCAGAACCACGGCCACCAGCAGCUCCUCGCCCACCUGGGAAGAACCAGCUUCACCAUGGUGGAGUCGCCGGCUUUCUUCGAGGCGUACCGGCACGUGCUGGAGGGGCUGCAGGAGCUGAGCCCCGCCGCCGUGCCCUUCAGCCGCUACCUGGUGCACUGCAAGCCCUCCGUCCGCCGCCCCGCGCACCUCGGUGCCGACAGGCUCUUCAGCCUCGCGCCGCUGCUGCCGGCCGGCGCGGGGAAGAGAGAGGAGCCGGCGGUGGACCUCUCCGCCGUGAGCCUGGAGGACGAGGAGAUCUGGUCCCCGAAGACUUUUCCCCACUUGGAUGAGUCUCAGCUCGCAGCCAUCCGGCUGGCGCUGAGCAGGGAGUUCGCGCUCAUCCAGGGCCCCCCCGGCACGGGCAAAACCUUCAUCGGGCUCAAGAUCGCGGAGCUGCUGCUGCGAAACCAGGACCGGGAGGCGGCGGGGGACCAGUCGCCCCUCCUGGUGGUCUGCUACACCAACCACGCCCUCGACCAGUUCAUGGAAGGCAUCCUCCAGUUCCAGCCCUCCAAAGUGGUGCGGAUCGGGGGCAAGUGCCAAAGCGAGAAGGUGAAGGGCUGCUCCCUCCAGCUGCUCCGGCAACGGGAGGUGUGGGUGCCCAGCAGCCGCCGGCAGCACGCGCAGAUGUGGAGCGCCUUGCAGGAGCAGGAGAGGACCAUCGCCUUCCACAUGGAGGUGCUGGGGCUGCUCCGCCGCGGCAUCCUCACCGCCACCGAGCUGGAGACCGAGAUCAUGAAGGACGACCUGCUCUUCAAGGGUGCUGUGCAUCUGGACAUGCUGCGGUGGCUGGAGGUGCAGGUCCCGGUGCCACCGGAGAACGGGAGCCCACGACGAGGCCAGGGCCACGUGGCAGGCACGGAGCAAGGGGCCGGGGGGGCCCGGGGGGGCCCAGGGGCGGAGGAGAGCUGGGACCUGCGCGGGGACGAGCGGUGCCUGGAUGAGGAGGAGGAGGAGUUCGACGCCACGGAGGCCGAGAGGAGACGAGCCCGGGAGAAAUUUGCCUACAUCAUCCCCGAGGAAGAGGGCCCGCUGGACACCCAGCUGGCCCGCCGGCUGCAGGACAGCGAUGCCAUGGGCGAUGAGGAGGUCGAGCGCCUGAGGAGCCUCUGGCAGCUCCGGCUCAGCGACCGCUGGCGGCUCUACAGGCGGUGGCUGGGCGCCUACAGCGCGGAGCAGGAGGAGCUGCUGGUGAGGUGGCUGGGGGAGUACGAGCGCAGCGCGGCCCAGCUGGCCCAGCACCAGCUCCAGCAGGACCUGCGGAUCCUCAGGCAGAGCCGCGUCAUCGGCAUGACGACCACGGGCGCUGCCAAGUACCGCAAGCUGCUGCAGAGCGUCCGGCCCCAGACGGUGAUCGUGGAAGAGGCCGCGGAGAUCCUGGAGGCGCACGUCCUGACCUGCCUCACCGCCUCCUGCAAGCACCUCAUCCUCAUCGGGGACCACCAGCAGCUGAGACCCAAACCGGCCGACUACACCCUGGAGAAGAAAUACUGCCUCGGCAUCUCCCUCUUCGAGCGGAUGAUCAACAACGAGAUCCCCCACGUGCAGCUGCUGUGCCAGCACCGCAUGCGCCCCGAGAUCUCCCAGCUGCUCGUCCCCUUCUUCUACGAGGCGCUGAGGGACCACCCGGCCGUCGGCAGCUACGGAAAGAUCAAGGGCAUCGAGAGCAGCGUCUUCUUCAUCCAGCACGCGGGGGGUGAGGACCGCGGCGGCCACGUCGGCAGCUACAGCAACCGCUCGGAAGCCGCUUUCCUGGUGCACCUCUGCAAGUACCUGCUGGAGCAGGGCUACGGCAAGGGGCAGCUCACCGUCCUGACGCCCUACAGCAGCCAAGUGGCCACCGUCCGGCAGCUGCUGGCCAGGAGGGACAUGGCCAAGGUGGCCGUCUGCACCGUGGACGACUUCCAAGGGGAGGAGAGCGACAUCGUCCUGCUCUCGCUGGUGCGGAGCAACCCGGAGGGGCGGAUCGGCUUCCUCAGGGACCGGCACCGCGUCUGCGUGGCUUUCUCCCGCGCCAGGAAGGGCUUCUACUGCAUCGGCGACCUGGAGGGCAUGGCGCGGGGCGCCGGCGGUCAGCUCUGGGCCGAGAUCCUGGCCGCCCUCAAGAGCAAGGGCUUGGUGGGCGACGGGCUGGCGCUGACCUGCCAAAACCACCCCGAGGUGACGGUGACGGUGCGGGACGCCUCCGGCUUCAGGCAGAGCCCCGAGGGCGGCUGCACCCGCCGGUGCCAGACGCCGCUGCCCUGCGGCCACCCCUGCCCGCGCCACUGCCACCCGCGCGACCCCGAGCACCGGCAGGUUCGAUGCAGCCUGCCCUGCGCCCGGCUGCCGUGCCAGCACGGCCACCCCUGCCCCAAGCUCUGCUGGCAGGAGUGCGGCCCUUGCCUCAAGAAGGUGGAGAAGGUCCUGGAGCGCUGCGGCCACCGGCAGCACGUGCCGUGCCACGUGCCGGCAGAGCGCUGGCGCUGCCAGGAGCCCUGCCCGCGGCCCAGCGCCUGCGGCCACCUCUGCCGGCGGCGCUGCGGGGACGAAUGCGGCGGGGACGGCUGCGGUUCGAACGGCUGCCGCAGGAACGGCGAGGGUGAGGUGGGGGGGGGGGUCCUGCAAGAGCUGCCUGCGCCCGGCCGGGAGAGCGGCUGGCAGAGCCCGGCGUGAGGCCGACCCCGUAGCCGGUCCCGCCGCCGGUGCGGGGUCAGAUCCGUGCCGGCUGCUGCUCCGCGGUCCCUUGCCAGCGGCGCUGCUUUG